GAAAAAAAAAUGUAAAUUUACCCAACACUGAAACUACGUUUUAAAUGUAAACAUGCUCAAUGUAAUUUUGAGAUUCAUAGUAAAAAGUUGUAUUUGAUGUAAACAGCCUUCUUGUAAAAUGAGAUUAAAUGUAAAUGAUAAAUCUUAUGUAAAUUGAGUUUUUGGUUCUCGAAAAUCGUAAAUUUGAAAAUGUGAAAAGCAUGUAAAUUUAUUUCAGAUGUAAAACUUUCGAAAUGUAAACUCAAUUAGCAUUUAAUUUCAAAUUAAAAGUUUGUGUUGCAACUGACAGUUCAAGUGGAAGACAAAAACAAACCAGUUUAAUGUAAGAUGUUCCGUGCGAGGUGAGCGCAAGUUUUUUGCUAUAAAUGGUGGAUUUCGUGAGAAAAACAAUCACAGCCGCUCAGGAUAAUCGAUAUUGCAAGUGCAUUCGACUGAAUGAUCUGCACCUUAUUAAUCGCUCUGGUAACAAGAGGAAAACGGAGAAAUCCAGUAGCUCUUCUAGUCCAAACCGGAGAGGCAAGCAAGAUCCGGACGGAACGCCGUUUUCUAGUAAAAACUUACCAAGGAAUGUUUACGUUGGUCGAUUCGUCAAGACGGGACAUUCCAUCAUCUUGCAGGUAAUUGCUCCGACACGGCGAUGUCACAGAAUGACCAACGGCUUGGCAGGGAGCACCUGUUGGAGUCAGACCCCUUCUGGACUCAGUGCGCGGAACUUGGAGGCGGAAAAGCAAAGGAGCCUUCUUUCCGUUUGUGGAUUGGUCUGAUACGGGUUUGCUCCAGCAAACGUUUUUCCAGACGUCAGCCAAGGAGAAUUUAGACGUUCGAACGUUCGCAGUAAAUUCGAGCGCAGGUUGCUCAAUUUGGUGAGGUAGCCCAUGUUUGAUUUAACACUUUUUCUUCGUUGUGAUCAAUUUUAGUUAUUAAAUACAAUUUUUCUUCUUAUCUAAUCAGAAAUUUAAAGAUUUUUUUCUAAAGUUCGACUCUCUUCGUUUGUCCGGUUCAUCAAAAGCGAAAAAAAUAUUUUGAUGGAAUCCUUUUGACAGAUCCACGGCCCAGCGGACAAAGCGAAAGUGUCGGAGUUUACACGGUCAUGUUGGCAUACCAAGGAUUUUGAUGAAUCUUAACUCCGACAAAAAGUGUACAAUUUUGGUUUUAUACAAAUGUGGGUAACAGGUUGGUUGAAAGUAAAGUUUGAUAUCAUUCAAUUUUUACUUUUAUUUUUGUUAAUAGGAAUUGCAAGUAUCACGUAGCAUCAACAAGACUCUUCUUUAAAGAAUUUCGUCACCAACACACAGACUUCCAUCUCCUCUGAAAGUCCUCGUCAUUUGUGAAUCGAGCUUUAUUUAAAAUCUAGCUAACAUUUCCAAAGGGUUCUAUCAGCAUAAAAAUCCCAUGAUGCAAAGGGCCCUUUGAAAAAGUUUUCUACACAAUGUGCACC